UUGUGCAACUUGAUGACCUACAGCUAGUUUUCCCCACUUUUGUUCUGCCUGUUCUGCAAAGUGUGUAGCGAGCCACUUGUUUUCUUAAUAUCUGCACAGUGCCUAGAAAACUUGAGCAGUAAGAUGUCUUCAGCACCUCAGCCUCCAGAUGAAGCACCCAAAGAGAAAGACUACCGAACUCCCGGAUUCCGAAGUGUCCGAACUACCACCUUGUUCCGUGCUGUGAACCCAGAACUUUUUAUUAAACCUAAUAAACCAGUUAUGGCUUUUGGGCUUGUAACGAUUACUCUUUGUGUAGCCUACAUUGGAUACUUGCAUGCACAACAAGAGAAUAAAAAAGAUCUUUAUGAAGCUAUUGACAGCGAGGGAAAGCGACAUAUGAAGCGGAAGACUUCUAAAUGGGACUAAAGAAACGCAUGGCUUGCACAUGAUCUGCAUGUAAGGCGACACAAAUAAGUGGUAUAUAUAGUUUUCUGAUUUGUGACUUUUCAGGUUUUUGUGUGGAAAGCCAGCAUUUUUCUAGGCAAUAAUGGAUGUUUCUUUUGAAAUAUAAUCCCUUUUAAUAACUAGGAUAAAUGAUGUUGCCUGUACUGAAUAAAAAGCCAGCAUUAUUAGAAAAUGUAAUAUUUGUAACAACUGUUGCAGAUAUUCUGAGUAUAAGCACCUUUAGGAAUCUCUCCCUCUCUCUCUCACACACACACACCUGUUCUGUGUGUGUGUAUAGAAUGCUACACCGACUUACAAAAUUUUAAGAGCAGAAAGGAUAACAGAAAAUCA